AUGGCAAAUUGUGAGGCGCCCUACUCAUUGGAUGACUUUUUGAAACUCGAAAAAAUCGGAGAAGGAACCUAUGGAGUUGUAUAUAAAGGAAAAAACAAAAGGACGAAUGAGUUGGUGGCGAUGAAGAAAAUUCGAUUGGAAAGCGAAGAUGAAGGAGUUCCAUCGACGACAGUUCGCGAGAUUUCAUUGCUUAAAGAGUUGCAACAUCCGAAUGUUGUUGGAUUGGAGGCGGUUAUUAUGCAAGAGAAUCGAUUAUAUUUGAUCUUUGAGUUUCUUUCGUCGGAUCUCAAAAAAUAUAUGGAUAAAUUGAAGAAGGAUGAAUAUCUCGAUAGAGCAACUGUACAAAGUUACACAUUCCAGGUAUUUUGUUUGAACUGAUUUAAAAAUUCAUAAAUAAUCUUUCAGAUUCUUCAAGCAAUGUGUUUCUGUCACCAACGUCGUGUGAUUCACCGCGAUCUUAAACCACAAAACUUGCUGGUUGAUACGAAUGGUGUUAUCAAAUUGGCAGAUUUCGGGUUGGCUCGUGCAAUUGGCAUUCCGAUCAGAGUUUAUACUCAUGAAGUUGUCACUUUAUGGUAUCGCGCACCUGAAAUCUUGCUUGGCGCUCAGAAAUAUUCGAUGGGUGUUGAUAUGUGGUCGAUUGGUUGUAUAUUCGCUGAAAUGAUUACCAAGAAACCGCUAUUUCAAGGAGAUUCGGAGAUUGAUGAGUUGUUCAGAAUCUUCAGGUAUUUUUUUUCGAAAAAGUGUGAAAUUAACAAUAUACGGUUUUUCUUCAGAACUCUUGGAACACCGACUGAGUUGGAGUGGAAUGGUGUCGAAUCAUUGCCAGAUUAUCGAAUGACGUUUCCAAAAUGGCGUGACAACUUUUUGCGCGACAAAUUCAUCGACAAAAAGACGAAUACAUCCAAAAUCGACGAUCAGGCAUUCGAUUUGUUACAAGGUUUGCUGAUUUACGACCCAAAACUUCGAAUCUCCGCUAAAAAAUCGUUGAUUCAUCCAUAUUUCGAUGAUGUUAACACAAGAAAUCUGCCAGCUGGCGAUUUUCGAGGUGAAUUACAACUCAAUUAA